AUGGAUUUUGAGAAUCUUUUCUCCAAGCCCCCCAACCCGGCCCUGGGUAAAAAUCCGACCACGGACUCUGAUGAAAGAAUCGAUGAUGAAAUAGAUGAUACAGAAGUUGAAGAAACACAAGAAGAGAAAAUAAAAUGGGAAGUAAAACUGGAGUGUGAGCAAAUACCCAAAAAAUUUAGGCACUUGGGGAACUCUACAGCAUCACCGAAGAAAUUGCUACAUAGAAAAUCAAGAAGUAAGGACUAUGAUGUAUAUAGUGAUAAUGAUACCUGCAGUCAGGAAUCAGAAGAUACUUUUGCUAAAGAGCUUCAGCAGUAUAUACAAGCUAAAGAAAUGGCAAAUGCUGCUCAAUCCUUACCAUUUCCUGAAGAAUUGAAGAAAGAGGGAGUGAAGGACACCCAGAAAGUUGUUAAACAAAAAAAUAAAAACCUUAAAGCUGUACAGAAAAAUGGUAAACAGAAGAAAAUGAAGCGAAAAUGGCCUGGCGCCGGACACAAAGGAUCCAACGCUUCACUGAGGAAUAGUGGCUCACAGGAACAGGAUGGUAAACCAAAAGAGAAGCAGCAGCAUGUGAGAAUGAGCCAGGGAUUCAUCAACCAACAUACAGUGGAACACAAGGGGAAACAAGUUUGUAAAUAUUUUCUUGAAAGGAAAUGUAUUAAGGGAGACCAGUGUAAAUUUGAUCAUGAUGCAGAGAUAGAGAAGAAAAAGGAAAUGUGCAAGUUUUAUGUACAAGGAUAUUGUACCAGAGGUGAAAAUUGUCUGUAUUUGCAUAAUGAAUAUCCUUGCAAGUUUUACCAUACAGGAACAAAAUGUUAUCAGGGUGACUAUUGCAAGUUUUCACAUGCUCCACUGACUCCUGAAACACAAGAAUUGUUGGCCAAAGUUUUGGAUACUGAGAAGAAGUCAUCAUGAAAAUAAAGUUUUGUAUGGAUGAAGAGUACUUAUGUCUACGCCUGUUCAAGACUGUUGAUUUGGAGUGGUUUACAAGAGUCCUCAUUUAAAGCGCCCUCUUGUGUCAUUAUGAUGUUGUGCAUCUUCUCUAAUCGAUGGUGGGAGGGGCAGAAUCUAGUG